AAUCCAAAGAUUAACGGAACAUUGAAAGCGCCCGAAGUUUGCUCCCCUCCAUUAAGAAAAUCCAAAUCUCAAUAACCUUGCACGUUUCUUCUCUCUUUCUUUCCCUUCUUUCUUUUUUCAAAACUUUUUCUCCUCCUCUUCGUCAUCAUCAUCUUUCUUCCAUUUCUUUUAUGGAAUAAAGGCCGGCAGAAACAUCGUCCUUCAUCAAGCUAAGAUAUGUUGCAGAAAGCUGCAAGUAAUGCGUAUUCAUGGUGGUGGGCAAGCCACAUCAGAACCAAACAGUCCAAAUGGCUCGAACAGAACCUUCAAGAUAUGGAGGAAAAGGUGGCAUACACACUUAAACUUAUAGAAGAGGAUGGGGACUCCUUUGCCAAAAGAGCAGAAAUGUACUACAAAAAGAGGCCCGAGCUGAUAAGCUUUGUCGAGGAAGCUUACAGGGCUUAUCGAGCCUUAGCCGAACGGUAUGAUCAUAUUUCAACAGAACUGCAGAAUGCCAAUACCACCAUUGCUGCUGUUUUCCCAGAACAAGUUCAAUUUGCAUUCCCUGAUGACAAUGAAGAUGCCAUGCCAAGAAAAUUCAAGAAACCUCCAGAGAUUCAAAAGAUAAAUAUCCCAGAUGUUCCCAAGGCCCCAAUGAAAGAUUUGAAGACCAUCGUAACAACAGCCACAAAGAAAUUGCAAGCCAAUAAGGCCAAUAAAAGAGCGCCUACUGUUACAGUUGUUAAAUCUGGUUUAAGCAAACCUGAGGGGCUUAAGGAGAUUGAUGAGCUUCAGAAAAGGAUCCUAGGCCUACAAACUGAGAAAGAGUUUUUGAAGAACUCUUACGAAAGUAAACUGGCAAAGUACUGGGAAAUUGAGAAUCAGAUCAAGGAAGUACAGGAAAGGGUUAGUAGAUUGCAAGAUGAAUUUGGAGAAGGCAUAGUCAUUGAAGAUGAGGAGGCUCGAUCUUUGAUGGCAGCUGCAGCUCUGAAAUCAUGCCAAGAGACAUUGGAUCAGUUGCAAGAGAAACAGGAGAAAGUAGCUGAAGAAGCAAAAGUAGAACCAAAAAAGGUGAACACUCGAACGAAGAUUGAGUUUCCCAAGGAUGAGGUUCUUGGCAAUGAAAUCAGUAAGAAAAAGCUACCUGCAAAGGAUGAUUCCACAAAGCCACCUGCAAAUGACGAUGACUCCACAAAAGCAGUAGAAGAGUCAGAAGGAUUAGACCAAGAGGCAAGCAGUACUGCACAAAAUAUGGAAGAAAUGAAGUCAUUGCAAGAGAAUACAAAGAAACAGCUUGAGUUUGGCUCUGCUGCAUCUCUCACUGUGACAGAAAUGGCUGAGAAGAUUGAUGAGCUUGUGAACAAGGUGGUUGGCUUGGAAACUGCAUUUUCGUCACAGACAUCCCUCAUAAAGGGACUAAGAAGAGAGAACGACGGACUUCAGAUUCAAAUCCAAACCUUGGAAGCUGAAAAGUUGGCACUGAUCAAUAGGAAAAUUGAUUUAAACAGUAAGAUGGUGGAGAGUGAGGACAAGUUACACAAACUUCAAGGAGAUCAUAACAACCAUCUCCCAGAAACCUUUUCUGAAGCCCAAGAGGAGCUUCAGCGUUCACCAAACAAAGAGGAGAAAUCUACAUUUCAAGUGAAGUUGCAGGAUGAAAUGGCCGGACAAGAAACUGCAAGAAAUCUUAAUGAUAAGCAACAACAGAUUAAAACGCUAUCCAAGACACCUGUGGUAAAAAAUUUGUCAGAGCAAGAGAAAAUAUCACAAAAAGAGGAAGAAUCCACAGCUCAAGUCAAAUUGCAGAAGGACAUAGAAAGACAAGAAGGUGGAAUGAAAUCUGGUGAUGGUCUAAAGACACUGCAGAGUCUGAAGCUAUCAGAGGGGCUAGAUAUCAAAACUGUAACGGAAAAACAUAGUGCAUCUCUUGUUAACUGUCCUAAGCUAUCUGAGAAGCUUGAUGCCAAAAUUUCAACAGAAAAAGAUAAUACAUCCCUUGUUAAGAGUCCGAAGCUAUCUGAGGAGCUUGAUAUCAAAACUACCACAGAAAAAGAUGAUACAUCUCUCGUGAAGAGUCUGAAGCUAUCUGAGGAGCCUGAUGUAAUAGAAAAAGGUAAUGCAUCUCUAAUUAAGGGUCCAAGCCUCUCCAAGGAGCGUGAUGUCAAAACUUUAAUGGAAAAAGAUAAUACAUCUCCUGUUGAAGUCCACUUUCAGAAAAAUUAUGAAGGAUGUGAACAUGCAGCAAAUCUAGUUAUUGACAAACAGAAUAAGGAGAAAUUAGAUGAGGAACUUCAGGACUCAAGGUCAAAACAAAAAGAAGAGAAAACACUGGUUAAUCCUGGUUCACUCAAAGAAUUCAAAGAACAUGAAGAAAAACUAAAUCAUACUAUUCCUCCUGAAAAGGCAAAGGAUGUAGAAACUGAUGCUCCAAACGAUGAAAAAGAACAUGGUCUUUGGACUAUCCGAGAAGUUCACAGUCAACCUGAGGAAAAUCAUGAACCCAAUAACCUAUUAGUACAGAGUCAGGACCAGAUUACGAAGGAAAAUUUUGACAACCAAGCUUCUCGACAAGGUCCACAAGGGCAGGAUAAUUUUGUCAGUGUUGAUAGGGAGGGAAAGAAAAAAGGGGAAGAAGAUGAACCAGACUGGAAAUAUAUGUUCAUGAAUGGUAUGGAGAAUAGAGAAAAAAUUCUAUUAACAGAGUAUACUACACUUCUUCGUAACUAUAAGGAACUCAAGAAGAAGCGUGAUAAAGAAGACACGAAAACUGGGGAAAACAACUCUCAGAUAACAGGUCAGCUUGAAGAACUGAGAAGUGCUAAUGUCAAGAAGGAUGAACAGAUAAAAUCCUUGCUUCAGAAACUGAAAGCUUGCAUUAAUGAAGAUAAAGAAUUACAAAAUCAUUCUGCUGAACAAAAAGUAAUUGUGAAUGAAAUCCCAAGAUCUGAAUCAGAGAAAGAAGAAAUCCUGUUGUUACCAGUAGAACAACCUCAGAUUACUUCUGAAAUUGAAGAAAAAUUCAGGGCAAGCAUUGAUGAGGUGCUAGAGGAGAACUUAGAUUUUUGGUUAAGAUUCAGCACUACAUUCCAUGAGAUACAGAAAUUUGAAAAUGAAGUCAAAGAUCUGCAGUCUGAGGUCUCAAAGCUCCAAGAGAAAAAAGGGAAGAGCGAGGGAAGUGGUAGCAUCAAAUAUUCUAUCAAAUCAGAUGGUCGUCCCUUAUACAAGCAUCUGAAAGAGAUACAGACUGAAUUAACAGUCUGGAUGGAGAAAUGCACAUUACUGAAGGAGGAAUUGUCAUCAAGGUUCUCAUCUUUGUGCAAAAUUCAGGAAGACAUAACAGCAGCUUUGAAGACAAGCGCCGAAGAUGAUGAAUUCAGGUUCACAAGCUAUCAAGCUGCAAAGUUCCAAGGUGAGGUUCUAAACAUGAAACAAGAGAAUAACAAGGUUGCACAUGAGCUGCAAGCUGGUCUUGAUCACAUCACAGGUCUCCAGAUUGACAUUGAUAAGACUCUUACCUUGUUGCGUGAGGAAUUUGGGCUUUCUGAGUCAGAGAAUGCAUCUAAUACAGGACUAACUCAUUCAGAUAGUAAGAAUCGAGUUCCAUUGCGAUCAUUUAUCUUUGGUGUCAAACAAAAGAAGCAAAAGCAAUCGCUGUUGUCCAGCCUGCAUCCUGCUCUGGCCAAAAAGGUUAAUGGUCUUAAAUCAGGGUCGAGUAAGUAAGCCGGUACACUGUGUGUAUUUUUGAAGAGUUAUUUUCUUGUUCUUUCAUUCAAUAUAUUUCCAAGGCAUUUCAGCAGAAGCCAAAGCUUGCCCUGUUCUCCUUUUUAGUUUUAGUUUAGGAGAAAGUAUAUUUUCUGUGUCGUGUAGAUGCCGUAGUUUGAUCUUAUAAUUAUUAAAUCAACAGGAAUAUUUUGAGCUCUGGUUUUCUACUCCUCAAAUUAAUUCAGAUUUCUUGAA